AUGGAGGGAUAUUUUCCAAGAUGGGCUAAAGAAAUAACGCAAAAAGCUCCUGAUAACAGAACAGAAAAAGAAGUCGACUCCAUGAUGAAGAUAUUGAAACUGCUUAAUGCGUUCCGUCGUUAUUCUCCAGGCACACAGCGUCUUUUAUGUAAAGCUGUUAGAUAUAACAGAUUCGAGCGUCAUCGUGUUAUCAUACGCAAAGGGCAUGUUGGCAGAAGAUUUUAUGUCAUAUAUUCUGGAUCUGUAGCGUUCACAUUUAAUGAAGACGACGCUGAAGUGUUCUCUAAACAACCAGGCUAUUAUACCAUGGGAAAAGGCGAUGCGUUUGGGGAACUUUCUCUGAUAAGAAAUGCACAACGGUCUGCGACCAUUGUCUGUUUGACCACAACGGAGCUGCUCUAUAUUGAAAAAGAAGACUUCAGUCUAAUGGGAAUCGACAACAUUUUGCGCAAUGAAAUGGAAUACAGAGUAAAAUAUUUCAGGUUAGAAAAUGUUCGAGCUUAUAUCUUGUUCUACUAA